AUGAGCACUCUUCGCGGCCUCAUGUCCGAGCUUACUACCACUCUAGGCCAAGCCAACACAACGAAUGGAGCGAAUGGUUCACAGCCGGGCUUUGAUGAUGCGCUAAGUCGGAGACACGCACAUAGGAGCUCUAUUGCUAAUCUGGAGAGCAUGUGGAAUAUUCAGCUGCAGCAGUUAUGGAAGAACGUUGAACGUUCUCAAAAGUAUCUUCCAGCAAUCCCGGGACGACACAUUGUCAUGGAAUCGAGCCAAUGGGUUGAACUUGAUUCUGCUACAUGGAAACCAAGACGUCCGGUUCAUAUUGUUCUUCUCAAUGAUCAUCUGCUCAUCGCUGCAAAGAAAAGAAAGCGAGUGGAUCCAAAUACUGCUAACGGGAAGUCCGUUUCUGUUCCAACAAAACUGGUAGCAGAAGAGUGCUGGCCACUACAGGAUAUCGACUUGAUUGACCUUGGAUCUGGCUUAAAUUCUGGCGAAGAUAUGGAUGAACGUGGCGUGCCAAAUGCCGUUAACAUUCGUUAUGGCCAAAGCUCCUUUACAUAUCGCCAUGACCAGCGAAAUAACAAGGCUAAGAACGAUCUGGUCAUGACUUUCCGAAAGACGCUGGAGGAGCUCCGUAAAAGUCUGAAAUCAGAAGCAGAGGUUGCUGCCAAAUCCCGGGAGGCACUGAUGAACAACAAUCAGCCUGCAUCUCGCCGGCAUUCUGAAUUUCUAGAUACCAUGGACCCUCGUGAUAAACUAGAAGUUUUGAUUGAUGUCGACGGAAAGCAACAGAACAUGAGAUGGGUGGAAGGCCAACUUGAUGAGCUUGAUAUUGACAUCGCAAUCCAAGUGUUUGAAACUGCUGUUUCGCGAGUCGAGAAACUUCGAAAAAUUGCAAAAGGACUGAAAGGGAAUCAAACCGCUCAGGAUGCCAUUAACUCCGGAGUAGAUUCUAGGGCAAACAAGCUUGCCGAAAUUCUCCUUCGAGCCCUAGUCGACACCAACUCUUUUAUGAAUGUUACAAAGACAAAUGUUGCCUGGUUGACUCGGCUGGGUUAUGAUGAUCGAGCUCGUGAAGCUUACCUCAAUGCCAGGAGCCAAAUAAUAACCAAACGUGCUAGACACUGCGUAUUUGAAGGUGACCUGCUGUUAUAUAUUUUCCAAAUUUCGUUUGUUUACUUCACCAUGAUUCGGAACACGAUCGCCAUCUAUCAGCAAUGUUUCCCAUCACCCAUGUCCAGUGCCAGCAUUAAAUGGGGCAAGGAUCAUUUGGACGACUUUAACGCUACUCUAAGCCGUCAGCUUAGCAGUGUUGAACCCAGCAACCCCGUGUGGGAGAAAUGCAUGGAGAUAGUAUAUCAACAUGCCAGCUCACUUUCAGAGGUCGGAGUGGAUUUUAAAGAUAUGAUCCGUGUUGAAGGACUCGUCGUCAAAUCCCCGAAUAGCACCCCAACAGAGUGA